AGGCCCAGUUGGAGGCUGCAGUGGGGUGCAGGGCAGUCACACCAGAACCAUGGAGCUCAGCGUCCUCCUCUUCCUUGCACUCCUUACAGGCCUCCUGCUACUCCUGGUUCAGCGCCACCCUAACGCCCAUGGCCGCCUCCCACCAGGUCCCUGCCCUCUGCCCCUUUUGGGGAACCUUCUGCAGAUGGACAGAAGAGGCCUACUCAGAUCCUUUCUGAGGUUCCGAGAGAAAUAUGGGGACGUCUUCACAGUAUACCUGGGACCGAGGCCCGUGGUCAUGCUGUGUGGAGUAGAGGCCAUACGGGAGGCCCUGGUGGACAACGCUGAGGCCUUCUCUGGCCGGGGAAAAAUCGCCAUCACUGACCCAGUAUUCCAGGGAUAUGGCGUUGUCUUUGCCAAUGGAAACCGCUGGAAGGUGCUUCGGCGAUUCUCUCUGACCACCAUGAGGGACUUUGGGAUGGGAAAGCGGAGUGUGGAGGAGCGGAUUCAGGAGGAGGCUCAGUGUCUGAUAGAGGAGCUUCGGAAAUCCAAGGGAGCCCUCGUGGACCCCACCUUCCUCUUCCAUUCCAUUACCGCCAACAUCAUCUGCUCCAUCGUCUUUGGAAAACGCUUCCACUACCAAGAUCAAGAGUUCCUGAAGAUACUGAACUUGUUCUACCACACUUUCUCACUCGCCAGUUCUAUGUUCGGCCAGCUGUUUGAGCUCUUGUCUGGCUUCUUGAAAUACUUUCCUGGGGCACACAGGCAAGUCUACAAAAACCUGCAGGAAAUCAAUGCUUAUAUUGGCCACAGUGUGGAGAAGCACCGUGAAACCCUGGACCCCAGCGCCCCCCAGGACCUCAUCGACAGCUACCUGCUCCAAAUGGAAAAAGAGAAAUCCAACCCACACAGUGAAUUCAGCCACCGGAACCUCAUCAUCAACACGCUCUCGCUCUUCUUUGCUGGCACUGAGACCACCAGCACCACUCUCCGCUACGGCUUCCUGCUCAUGCUCAAAUACCCUCACGUCGCAGAGAGAAUCUACAAGGAGAUUGAACAGGUGAUUGGCCCACAUCGCCCUCCAGCGCUUGAUGACCGAGCCAAAAUGCCAUACACAGAGGCAGUCAUCCAUGAGAUUCAGAGAUUUGCCGACCUUCUCCCCAUGGGUGUGCCCCACAUUGUCACACAACAGACCAGCUUCCGAGGGUACAUCAUCCCCAAGGACACGGAAGUAUUUCCCCUCCUGAGUACUGCUCUCCAUGACCCACACUACUUUGAGAAACCAGACACCUUCAAUCCUGACCACUUUCUGGAUGCCAAUGGGGCAUUGAAGAAGAAUGAAGCUUUUAUCCCCUUCUCCUUAGGGAGGCGGAUUUGCCUUGAUGAAGGCAUCGCCCGCAACGAAUUGUUCCUCUUCUUCACCACCAUCCUCCAGAACUUCUCCGUGGCCAGCCCCGUGGCUCCUGAGGACAUCGAUCUGACACCCCAGGAGUGUGGUGUGGGCAAAAUACCCCCAACGUACCAGAUCCGCUUCCUGCCCCGCUGAAGGGGCUGAGGGAAGGGGGUCAAAGGAUUCCAGGGUCAUUCAGUGUCCCCACCUCUGUAGACAGUGGCUCUGACUCCCCGCAACUUCCUGCCUCUGAGAGACCUGCAGCAAGCCAGCUUCCUUCCCCUCCAUGGCACCAGUUGUCUGAGAUCAC